UUCACGUGUUUUGAAAGCCUGUGUGUCGGAGGUCCGCGUAUUUUUACAUGAUUUAUUUGAGCUGAAAUUUGCCCCCAAAAAGUGCUUCCACCUGUGCAAACAAUGCUUCAACAGGACACCGACGAUGCCGCGAUCCAGCAGAUACUGUCCGCGUACAAGCGUGACAUCGAGUUGGAGCUAAAGUCGGAGGAGGACGAAUCCGACGACGGGUCGGAGCUGUCGGAAGAAGUAGGCGUUAAGCAGAAGGAGGACAGUGACGACGAUGACUCCGAUGGCAAAGGAGAGGAGGACAUUUUCGCCCAGCUGGAUGACCACACGAUUGGCAAGCCGAGGACCGAUCGGGAGAAGGAGCUGAUGUCGUUGGUGUUUGGGGGGAAGUCGGAACUGGUGAAUAACUUACUAAAUGAGGGUGAGGACUCGGAGGAGGAGGACGGUGAGAGUGUGGCGAAACCGAAGCGGAAGGCCGCUUGGCAGGAUUCGGACGAUGAGCGGGACGAGGACUAUCGGGAGAAGAAGAGCAGGCUGGAGAUGAAGGCGACCGUCCGGAAGCAGAGGAAGAAUUUUGAAAAGAUUGUUGGCCAGCCAAAGUGGGCGGAUUUGGACCGGGAGAGGGAGGUCGAUUCGGAUGAUGAGAUACUGAAGACGGUGGGGCACGUCGUGAAGGGAAAGAGCUCGGAGCUGGCGAAGGGAGAAAUUGAGCUGAAACGGUUGAAGAACCUGAAUCGGGAGACGAAGAAUGAGGGCGAGAUAACGGCUGUGAACUUUCAUCCGACGUCGAUGGUGGCGGUCAUGGCCGGGAAAAAUGGACUGGCGUCGAUCGUGGCCGUUGACGGGACUAAGAAUGAGAAACUUCACACGAUUGGGUUGAAGAACUUUAAAAUCGCCUGCUGUCGAAUGACUCCGGACGGGAACGAGGUCCUGUUUGGGAGUUUCCGCAAGUUUUACCACGUGUACAAUUUGAUCUCCGGAGCAAGCAACACCCUGCAGCUGAAGGGUGACGGCGCCUGGACCAUGAAGAACUUUGACAUGUCAAAGUGCGGCAAAUAUCUGGCCGUGACGGGAGGUUACGGUGAAAUCCACCUGCUGGACGGCCGCAGCAAGGAACUGCUGACCACAAUCCAGCAGAAGAACUGUUGCUACUCGCUCUGCUUCACCCCAGAUUCCAAAUACCUCCUGUGCAACAGCCAAGACAACGACGUCUCGAUCUACCACCUGGAAAAGCGUCGCUUCGUCAACGUCUUCACCGACGAGGGUUGCGUCAACGGUUCCUGCAUCGCCAUCUGCCCCAGCGGUCGCUUCGUGGCCACCGGAAACCGGCAAGGCAUCGUCAACAUCUACCUGCUGGAGAAGAUCCUGAAGGAAAAGUACCCGUCGCCGGAGAAGACCAUCUCCAACCUGACGACGUCGAUCGGAUCGAUGGCCUUCAACGCCACCUCGGAGCUGCUGGCCAUCGCCUCUCCGGAACUGCCCGAUGCCGUUAAGCUGGUGCACAUGAAGAGCGGGACCGUCUUCCGGAACUUCCCGAUGAUGAAGUCCGCGCUGGGACACGUGACGCGGGUUCAGUUCUCGCCCGGCGGCGGCUAUUUGGCGCUGGGAAAUCGCGAAAGUGUCGUGUCGCUGUUUAGAGUUAAGCAUUACGAGAAUUAUUAGCUUGGAGGAUGUUUUUUUGGCUUUUUGAAUAAACAAUUGCAGAUAA